AUGUGGCCGCGCGGCUUCCUCUUGCGUCUUCUCCUCCGCGUGACCGCCGGCGCCACUGCCCGCCACGCCUGCGCGCGCAUCCACCCGCUCCUCGUGAAGUCCGGCCACGCUUCCGACACUCGCCUCGCCACCGCGCUCGCCGACGCCUAUGCCAAAUCCGGCCUCGUCACGCACGCGCGCAGGGUGUUCGACGAAACGCCGCACAGGGACCUCGUUCUCUGGAACGUCAUGAUCUCCUGCUACUCCUCCCAUGGCCUGCUGCUCGACUCAUGGGCCCUCUUCGCCUCCAUGCGGAGGAACUCCGGCCUCUCGGGCGACGGCUUCACCUUCAGUACCUUGCUGAGCGUCCGCGCUCCUCCUUCUUCCUGCGGCCACCUCCUGGGGCUCCUGGCGCACGGCCUUGUUCUCAGGCUGGGCCUCCAGCUGGACCUUGUCGUCGCCACCGCGCUCCUCGACAUGUAUGCAAAGUGCGGCCGGGUCGCUGAUGCUCGACGGGUGUUUGACGCCAUGCUGCUAAGGAACUCUGUAUCCUGGAAUGCCAUCAUUGUCUGCUAUGGCCACCAUGAUGGAGGCAAGGAAGCACUGCAGAUUUUCGUGUCCAUGCUCAGGAAUGAUGAUGGGUGCUGUUGUCGGCCUGACGAGCUCACGCUUGCCAGUUUGCUUAGUUCCUGUGCCAACAUGGCAGCUGCCUAUGAGGCUACCCAGCUUCAUGCUUAUGCCCUCAAAAGGGGCUUCCAAGGAUUUCUGCAAGUAGCCAACGCUCUGAUCAUGGCCUAUGGUAAGAAUGGUUUUCUUCAACAAGCAACACAGACAUUUGCUGCCAUCCAUAGCCCAGACAUAGUUUCAUGGUCAUCCAUGAUUUCAUCUUUCGCCUACCUUGGGUGUGCCAAGAGCGCAAUCCAUGUGUUUGAAAGAAUGCUCCAACAAGGCGUGCGGCCUGAUGGCAUUGCGUUUCUUGGAGUUCUUUCUGCCUGCAGCCAUGCUGGACUCAUUCAACAUGGCCUAAAGUAUUUUCUUCUAAUGACGACGGACUACCAAAUUGAUCCAUGUCCACAGCAUCUUGCUUGUCUGGUUGAUCUCCUAGGGAGAGCUGGCAGGGUUCAGGAAGCCUACAACAUUUUACUCAACAUCUCCUGCCAAACAAACACUGAUGUAAUUGGAGCUUUCCUUGCUGCCUGCAAGACACGAGGCAACAUUGAGUUGACAAAGUGGGCUGCUGAUAGGCUACUCGGUCUGGAGCCAAACGAGCCAGCAAAUUACGUGCUUAUAUCUAACGCUUAUGCUGCUGCAGGAGCUUGGAGUGAGCUUGCAACGGUAAGAAGUCUUAUGAGAAACGUGUGCAGCAACAAGGUGCCUGGUUGUAGCUGGAUAGAAAUAGGGGGAAAGGUUCAGACAUUUGUCUCCAAUGAUAUUUUGCUCCAACAAUCAACAAAUAUGCGACAAAUGAUGGAAAUUCUUGUUACAUUCAUGGAAAAAGAGAGCAAUGAUGAUACUCUUUGUAAGGAUUCAGAAUUUAUUUCAGAACGGUUUUGA